AUGCGGGACAGGACCUUCUUCCUCCUCCUGUUGACAGUCCUGCUCUGCGUCUGUCCUACCCGCUCCUGGCGUUUGACCACCAGGUGGCUCCCAGACAGGACGCUCCGACUCGGCUGGCUGAUCCCCGCGCCACCUCCCACCGUGCACACCCGCGAAGGAGAGCUGCGAGGCCUGGUCGCUCACAGCGCCGACGGACAUCUAUUCUACAGCUUCCUGGGCAUCCCGUACGCGCGCGCGCCGGUCCGCUUUCGUCCACCGGAGCGCAAUCCCGGCUGGAGCGGCGUCAGGUCGGCCACCCGGCACGGCAGCAAGUGCGUCCAGUGGGUCCACGAUGACCUGGUGGGCUCUGAGGACUGUCUGUUCGCCAACGUCUACACGCGGCAGCUGCCUGCCUCCGGCGCGUCGGCCGGCCCGCGGCUGCCGGUGAUGGUAUUCAUACAUGGCGGGGGAUUUGUCGAGGGCCACGGCGACGGCGAAAACCACGGACCGAGGUACUUCAUGGACGAGGACAUCGUGCUGGUGACGUUCAACUACCGGCUCGGACCGUUCGGCUUCUUCACCACGCACGACGGCCACGCGCCGGGAAACUACGGGCUGCGCGACCAGGUGCUGCUGCUGCACUGGGUGCGGGAUAACAUCGCCGCGUUCGGCGGCGACCCGCGCUCGGUGACCGUCUUCGGCAGCUCGGCCGGGGCGGCCAGCGUGUCGCUGAUGGUGCUCAGCCCGCUCACCAAGGAUCUCUUCCAUCACGCCAUCAGCCAGUCGGGCUCAGCGAUCUCCAGUUUCGCCGCCAGCGGCAGACGCAAGGGUCUGGCACGCCGCUUCGCCGCAGAGCUCGGCUGCGCAGGGUCGGACAGCACUGCGUAUGUGGAGUGCGCGGUGGCCGCGUCCGCACGCCAACUGAUGGAGGCGAGUCACCGGAUUCGGAUCGCCGAGAUCCACACGGAAGGCCGCUUCCUUCCCCGCGUCGACAGAGAGUCUGUGCAGCCAGUCCUUCCUGAUGAUCCGAGAGCUCUUCUCCUGCGCGGCGAGUUCAACCUUGUCCCCUGGAUGGCCGGGCUUGUGGAAGAAGAGGGUGUCUUUUAUCUCUCAUCAAUUCCAGAAGAGGAAGACUUGCUCGAUGGACUAUACGCAGGAAACCUCACCCUGUGGAGCCUUCUGGCGGACCUCACCACCCCAUCAGAGACCAGUAUCGUGGAAUGCGGCGCCGACCCGAUCGUGGAGACCCACAACAUCUACCACUUCCUCCUGUACAUGCUGCCAGCGGCCAGCCCCACCAACCCGCUGCCGUUCGCCAGACUCCUCUCCGACCGGCUGUUCGUCGCCAGCAGCUCGGAGGAGAUGCGGCUCGCCUCGCAGGUGGCUCCCGUCUACAAGUACCUGCUGGACCACCGCGGGCCCGGCCGGCUGUACUACCACCCUCCGGUGCUGCCCGAGCUGGGCGUCACCCACUCGGACGAGCUGGCCUACAUGUUCAACAGGGAGGGCCGCCCGCUGGAGCCGGCCCACAGUCCGGCACGCACCAUGAUCCGCUUCAUCGUCUCGCUGUGGACCAGUUUCGCGCGCACGGGCCGGCCCAGCUCGGACGUGCGACCCAUGCCCGACUGGCCCAUGUACUCGGAGCAGCGCGAGCUGUACAUGCGGCUCAACUGGGAGCCCAGCGUCGACCGGAGGCUCUUUCCGGACCGGGUCGAUUUCUGGCAAACCGUGCGCAUCAACGAGCCCUGGAGGCGUAUCGUGGAGGAAUGUGACUAG